GUGCGUUUGUUCUUGUGAUUUUCCUCUUCUUCUACCCGAGGUAUUCCUCGUCAUUUGGAGGUAUGCAUCCCAGUUUCUUUUACAAGAAGAAUGCUGAACAAACUGCUGUGCAUCCAGCUGGGAGUGACGAUGAGAGGAUGGGCAGCUCAACCGAUGAAGAACUGGACAUCGAACCAUCAGACGAUGAAUGCAGUCACAUGUCAGAUGACGAUGCUGAUCAACAACCGCCCCCGACGCACAGAAAAAAAAUGGCAUGGAUGGAGACAACGUCUCGUAAAAAGCCUGUUCAAGAGCCUCCUUGGACCGGGAAGAGGACUUUAGAAAUGGCCGUGAAGACACCAUAUCAAUAUUUCUCGGAGCUUUUUGACAAGGACCUUGUUGAUGACAUUGUACGACAAAGCAAUCUCUACGCAAGGCAGAAGGAUAUACGCACGAAUUUCACAGCCGAUUCUGACAGUAUUCAGCGGUUUAUGGGGGCGUGCCUAUACAUGGGCCUCUACCAGAUGCCCGGUUCGAAGAGGUACUGGAGCAGUCGCUGUGGGAUUGCGCAAGUUCAGGCUGCUCUAUCAAGGAAGAAGUUUGAGGAGCUGAAGCGCUAUCUGCAUUUCUCGGACAACUCGCUGAACCAAUCUGGCGGCAUCAGCAAAGUGGCACCACUGCUUGGUUCUGUACGAAAGAACCUGUGCAAAAUAUCAAUGGAGCAGUGUCUCAGUGUCGAUGAACAGGUAAUCCCGUUCAAAGGGCGCAGUAGGCUCAAACAGUACAACCCAAAAAAACCAAAGAAAUGGGGCUAUAAAAUGUUCGUCCUAUGCGGUGCCAGCGGAAUUCCAUACGAUUUCGAAUUUUACGCUGGAAAAGCUGAGCACCCCGACCACUUGACAGACAUCAGCGCUAGCUCGAAUGUGGUGCUACGACUUGCACAGUCGGUACCACAAGAUGAGAAUUACCGAUUAUUUUAUGACAACUGGUUUUCCUGUCCGUCUCUCCAAGUUGCUCUUGCACUUCAGGGAAUUCAGUCGCUGGCUACUGUGCGCCCGAAUAGGGUCUCCGGAGUUACGAUGACGUCUGACAAGGAAAUGAAGAAGGCUGGUCGAGGUACCUUACAGGAGAAAAGUGCAUCCGUGGGCAUCGUGCAACUGAAACUGGUGAAAUGGAUGGACAACAGGACGCGGAUCCGAUCAAAGAAGUAUUACAUGAGGAUAUUUUUCCACAUGCUGGACUUCGUAUGUGUUGCCGCAUGGCUCUGGUACAAGAGGGCUGCAGAAGACUGCCAUCUACCUAAGAAGGCCAUUCUCCCACUGUUCGAAUUCAAAACAUCCAUCGCAGAGGCACUUUGCUUUAUGAAGUCACAGCCGCGCAAGCGCGGCAGGCCGAGCGGCGAAUCAAAAGAGAACAGCGUGCUGCAACCUCUGAGCAUGACAAACACAGACGUCACGAAGGACAGAGUUGCACACUGGCCCGAAUAUGAUGCAAGGAAACUGCGAUGUAGACAGUGCCAUGCACUCACAAAAGUGAUGUGCACAAAGUACAAUGUUCACCUCUGCUUCGUGCCCGAACGCAACUGCUUCGUUGCAUACCACUGCUAGCGGAAGUCAUAGACAACCAUUGUAUACUGGAGUAUACGGCUCUGUAUCUCCGCCCGAACGAUACGGACGUGAUAUUUUUUGUUCAAUAAUCCAUAUUCAAGCCCUAUACAGAUAUUUUAACACAAGAAAAAAAUUAUUUUUCCGCGACAACUAAAUGUGGUCCAUAGAGGGUUAACAUUGGAAAGAAACAUAGGCAAAGACUUUAGAAAUGGGUGCUGCAGAAAAAUGCAUGACGGGGUUGACGAAAGCAUUGCGCAAAUGAGGUGAAAUUGGUUUCUGGGGAUAUCAGAGUGCGUAUUUGAAGGAUGGAGACUUCAAUUGAAUCACGGUGGGAUAGAGAAUUUUUUAAGAUUGGAAAGAAACAUCGGCAAGUGCUUCAAAAAUGGGACGUGCAGCGAAAUGCAUG